CUGACACAUAGUAGAUGAAAAGAGAGUCGGUUCAAGAGAUUCUUCUUGUCUGUUCACGAGAAACUGAGGUUGAGAACUGCCUGAGGUUGAUAAGGUCAAGGUGGCAUCACCAUGACUUAAUAAUGAGAGGAGCAUUCCGUUGCUCUGUCAUGCUUGCAAGACUGACAUCUGACGAGAACAAUAUCUGUUGAGGGCUAUUCUUGUGUCUUCAGAUGACGUCUUCUGUUCUAUGGUGACUGACAUCCUAUGUGCCACUUAAUCCUCAAAAUGUUUCGUAAUGGAAAUACAGAUAGUUGACGAAGAUGAACUUGAAACAUUUGUGACUCCUCCCGUGUCCCCGGAUCAUUUUUCUGCAGUUUCUGGUUCGAAAGUGCCAGUUUUUGUUCCCCCUCGAUGUUUACAACCUUGCAGUGAUGUUAGUUGAUAUUCAUUUUUGUGGAUGUGUAGGUUAGCACGGGAUGAGCUCAUAUAGAAGUGGGUGUUUUUACAAAUUAAUGUAAAAGUUUUCCCGCCCUUAGAAUCAUUGAGAAAUUUUGAGAAUUUGACUAUCAUAUAUUACAAUAUUACAAUAGAAAUUCAUAAUUUGAUUGCAGAAGAUACAAUUUCUUUCCCGAGAUAUUUAUGAUCAACAGUGUGUGAAAAGAAAUCAUAUCAAUUGCCCCACAAUCUUUAACUACAUCUUUCCUUUACUUAGAGUUUUUUAACACCUGAAACAAAAUAUACUAGCAGCAAGAUGAGCAGGCAAAGCUAUUUCGAGCGAGUGCGGGAUGCCAUUCAGGCUGCCCGCGGUGGCGAUGUCGAGCGCUUGCGGGAGCUUUUAGGCUCAGAAGAGAGCCUGAAGAAGCUAGGAGAGGAAUGGCAGUCUACGAAUGGCAUGAUCAGUCCCAACGUGAGGGACGACCGAUGGCGUACGCUAAUCAUGUACGCGGGCUCCUUUGGGCGACGCGCGGCUGUCCAUUACUUGGCCCGACAUCCAGGCAUCGACAUCAACAUCCGUGACGACUGCCAGAUGACGGUCCUGCACCACGCUUGUCGGAAAACCACAAAGGUCCUGCAAGACACGAAACACAGCAAGCAUCAGGCCGUGAUCGUGCGCGACCUGAUACGGAACGGCGCCAGCAUCAAUGCGGUGGACUCCUACGGAGUGACGCCCUUUAUGUAUGCGGUUGAUGCGGGGGAUCGCGUGGUAAUUUGCUGCCUCCUAGACCAUGAGGCCGAUAUCUUCAUGCAAGACUAUCAGGGAAACACGGCCAUGUCCUACGCGGAACUGCGCCACGACUUCAAAAUGGGUAUACUUUCGUUGAUUUUUCUAGCUUGGAUGUCAGUACCAAGUUAUUCUAGGAACUGUUUCAUCUCGCCAGUGAUUAAGGAUAAUCACAACUUGAGGUGCACACAUGGCAUUACUCACAAUUUACCACAUCUUGGCAUAGUCCGACCCUAUCCUAUCCGCCAGGUACUCUGCUUUUACUAGACCAGGAAAUAGCCUAGGACAUCUUCUCUGUAACGGACAUAAUUCUUAUAGUUGGGGGAUUCCGUUUUUGGAAUGUCAAAUUAAUCGUUGGGGAAGCCGUUUUUGGAAUGUCAAGUUCUUGUGAAUGGUUCUGGUUUUUGGUAACCUGAAUUCGGUCACAAAUAUUCUCCUCUUGUUUUCCGUUAUGAUCAAAAUCAGACUACCGAAUACCAAAACAGUACAUCUUGCAGAACGUUUUUGGAAUGUCAAAUUAAUCGUUGGGGAUUCUGUUUUUGGAAUGUCAAAUUAAUCGUACAUCUUGUGAAUCUACUUAUAAUCGUUUUACUUCUACCAGGUACAGUAACACUGCUCUACCACGCGGGACUAGACUGAAUCUACUUAAUCGUUUUACUUCUACCAGGUACACUGCUCUACCACGCGGGACUCGACUGUCCGGAUUCGGAGUUCGGUGCUGAGCUGUGCGACUACAUCGACGAGCGGGAGGGGGAUGUGGGGUCCGCUUCCGAGGGCGAGGAGUACCUCGAUUCGGAAGAGGAGCACGAUGACGGCGACCUCUCAGGCUUGGACGAAAUAAAUUAAGGCUAGUUUAUCACACUAUCUUGAUCUUCCCGUAUGCUCCAGUAUAUUGCGCUGAGUAGAGUCCCUCUACAGGAGACAUGAUCAAGUCAGGCACAACAUCAAGUCAGGCUUUAUUAAUAUUAAAGAAUAAUAAUACUACUCAUGUAGUCAGACUUUAUUAAUAAUAAUACUACUCACUCAGACUCAACCAGACAUAGUGAAAAACUAGCUCGUCUAAGAAGGUGGCGCAGACGAAGUAGAGGAGAACCUGCGACAGACUAAUGCUAGUCAAGAGUCCCAGGCUUCUAGGAAGACCAUCAUGGCUGGUGACACAGCCAAAAGGGGCAAGAAGAGCGUAAUGUUCAAGGCACAAGAAGCAGAGUACGACGUCGUGGAGACUGGGGUCAAAAGUAAAGGAGGAAAGGCAAAGCACGCGCCAAGCUCUAGUCGGGACGUGGAGAAACGCCCAAGCCAAGCAGGCUCGGCAGGAUUCGCAGGCCGCGCGAGCCAACGUGCCAGUCGGCUCAGUAUGGCAGGGAAGACGCACGCAAAGCGCCGCACUACCUCAACGCCCGAAGGCAUCCAUGAUGACAUGUCCAGGAUGUCCAUCCGUGUAGACGACGAAAGCAACAAGGAGAGCCUCCUUUUGGAGCUGUUGAGCGCCAUAGACACUGCAGACGUCCAGAGGAUGGAGGUAGCGCUUUUGCACGCGAAAGCGAACGAAGAGUUCGACUUGACGGCUGAAGACGCGUAUGAGAAGUGUGAAGCUGCGCUGCAAGUAGCGAAGAAGCUAGAGGCGGCAACCAACGACCUUUGCGACGCAAUCGAUCUCUUCAAGACCGAGAAAGCGAAGGCGAAGGCGGAAGAGCUAAAGCCUGCACUUAUGAAAUUUGAAGCGGCUUUGGAAAAAGCGAAAAAGGUACUUUCGGAUGUUCUUGUGGAACCUUUCUUUAGAUCAUUCAUUAGAGUUACCUACACGUCGUGUCUGACAUCAACCUUUCCAUUUUUCCCCAACAACAAUCUCCUUGGCCUUAGAAUUCAAGAAACUAUUUUACGCAAAAGAACGGAACUGAACGACAAAUUUUAAUAUUUCAGUCCGGCGUUUCCGAUAGUGAUUUGCUUGAGCAGGGGAGGUCUAUUCGCGAUGAGGGUCGCACGCGCGUGGACAAUAGGGGGAAGCUCGCUCAGCUAGCCAACGCAGGGAAAGUAGACGAGUUCCGCACAGAGUUCCAGCGACUAAAGAGCCUUCCGGACCGGGGACAGCUAAUCGACGCUGACGUGGCUGAGUUUGAGAAGAAGCUGGAGGUCUUCGCGAACAAGGAAGCGGCUGAGAAAGCUUUAGCCGACGUGCUCCAGACAAAGCCGAUCGACGUAGACGCACUCAAGAGCGCCAUUGCAAGCGUCAAACGACUAGGAAUCGACGUUGCAAUAGCGGAGAAGGUCCUCAAGGAGGAAGAACCGAAAAAGGCCGCGUGCGAUGCUUUAGAAGCGGUGUUGAGCGUCCGCGAAGACGUGGAAGACGCAGAGAAGAAGGUCAAGAGUGCGUUGGAUGCGUGCAGGAAGCUGGGCAUGCUCGCAGACGAGCGUCCGGUGCUGGUCGAGGCCGCCAACUGGUUAGCGGCGGAGAAAGAGCGCGCCGCGAUGCGCGUGAGCCUGGCGAACCUUCUGAAGACUACCGAAGGCUUCGAACAGGUAGAUGCCGAGAAGUUAGACCAGUUGCGCGAGUGGGAAAGGCAGUGCGCCGCGAUGCUCACGGGCGCGAAAAAAAUAGGCAUUAAGGAAGUCGAGAUGGUGGAUCUCGAGCUGCGCAAGAAAAAAGUGCAUAACCGAGUAGAGGAUCUCAAGGGCAGCAUCCGGGUUUUCGUCCGCGUGCGUCCCUUCAACAAGAAGGAGGAGGACGCGGGAGACCACGAAGCAGUUCAUAGAGUGGACGCGCAGUCUCUGAGCGUGGAAGACUCGCGUGCAGACAAGGGAUCCAAAAAGAUGCGUGAUUUCACCUUUGACGCAGCGCACUUCCCCGGCACCCAAGAGGAGAUCUUUGAGGACACGAAGGAUCUAGUCCAGUCCGCCUUUGACGGCUACAACGUCACUGUUUUUGCGUACGGCCAGACGGGAGCUGGGAAAACCCAUACCAUGACCGGAAAAGCAGAAGAUCCAGGUGUGGUGCCGCGGUCCUGCAAAGAGGUUUUCCGCAUCAUCGACGAAAACUCGGAUCGCUUCAUUCACACAGUGUCGCUGCACAUGAUCGAACUCUACUGCGCCAAUUUUACGGACUUGCUGUUGAGCGGCAAGGGCAAAAAGGGCGGACCCGGUGCCGUGAAGGCGCCGGAAAUCAAGAUCAGACGCGAAAAAGACGGCACGGUUACCAUCGACGGCGCUGAGGAGAAGCAGCUGCUGAGCGCCACAGCCAUGGAAAACGCUAUUGCGAGCGGCUUUGGCCGCCGAGCCGUUGCCUCAACGGCGAUGAACGCCGAGUCCUCGCGGUCGCACCUUAUCACGGUUGUGAAGCUGUGCUCGGUGAACAAGGAGACCAAGCAAAAAACAUGUGGGAAGCUGUUGAUGUGCGACUUGGCUGGCUGCGAGCGCAUUGCGAAAUCGCAAGUGACGGGCCAAGGACAGAAGGAGGCAAUCGAGAUCAACAAGAGCCUGACUGCUUUAGGCGACGUGAUUGAGGCCCUAACACGAGCGCCAGCAGGUGGGAAGAACACUGCGGCUGUCAUCCCAUAUCGAAACCACUUGUUAACGCAGUUGAUGCAAGAUAGUUUGGGAGGCUCCGCGAAGACUUUGAUGUUCAUGAACUGUUCACCUGCCAGUAGCAAUGUGGAUGAGACUAUGAAUUCCCUCAAAUACGCAGAGCGCGCAAAGAAGGUCACGAAUACUGUUACUAAGAAAUGAAGAGAUCUUCAUCUUCUAGUACCCAAGAAUUUCUAUUUAUAAUUUCUUGGUGACAGCAAUAGAGGAAGAUUCAGGUUGAACCGAACUAUGCUCUGAAAUAAUUGCACAUGGACAUAGAGAUUUCCGUUUAUCCAUUGAUCAACUAUGCUCUGAAAUAAUUGCACAUGGACAUAGAGAUUUGCGUUUAUCCAUUGAUCAACUAUGCUCUGAAAUAAUUGCACAUGGACAUAGAGAUUUGCGUUUAUCCAUAUUUUUCAAGAUUACACUAAAAAAUCUAGUAGUUGCAUAGGGGAACACACUAGUACAGCGAAUUCCAUUCUUAUCAUGUUGUUUAUCGAAUGCAAUAAAAAUGUCGCCAAACGUCUAAAGGGAACAUGAUGAAUUCUUCAGCUAACAUUUACUAGUAGUUCGGCGUUUUUAUAGUCGUGAACGCUCACCUCCCCGAGGCGAGCUAAUUCCUAUCCUAUCCUUACUUGAAACUCGAUAUCGCGACAGAUGCUACCUAGCGUCAAAUGAUAGACAUAGAUUUCAUCACGCAGCUUGAAUACUAGUACAGUUGCUAGUUUAUAUAUCCUUAUUUUGGCUUCAAGCACUACAGGGUUAGUAGUCUCCUUCUCUUCCAAUAUUACUUGAGUAGUAGGAGCAUGCAGGCUUGCUGAUUAUGGUAAAGAAGGACUAUCUAAGACGCAAGGUGAAGAAGUAAGGAAAUUUAUUUUUUCUAGUCAUUGUGAGGGGUGCCAAUUUAAGCAGACGAGGUGCAUCAAUAAAAGGAACUAUAGAUGAUGCGUGACAGAGACUACUCUUUGUCAUGUCAUGUCAUGGUACUUCUUGUGUAGCUAUAAGUGUCUACCUGUGAGGCCAUCCAGUAAUACAGUGCCUCCAGAGGACUAGUUCGCUGUUUACAAAUAUAUAGAUCACCGCAGUUUGCUGGUUGUAAAAAAGUUUAGACAGGACCAAAUCAGCGACUCUUUGCUCGUUAUAGGGGCGACAUCAAGGCUCCGAAAGCGCAUAGCAGAUCGAAAAAUCGAAAAAAAUACACCACAACUUACUAGGUUUUACACUUUCUUACAACCUACUAGUUCCUUGUCGAAGAAAUUGUGCAACGUGAAAAGGUGAUACCUCAGAAACUAGGUCGUGGGAGUAGUUCUCUCUGAAAUGCUUGCAUUUUCUAGGACAAUUUGAAACUUCCGCUCAUGCACUUGAAAUCACUCAUGCAAAACC